CCGAGGGGACGCAAACGCCCCACGCUGGACGGAAGUGGCUGCUGCUGGUGUUAUGGUUCGGUUCUAUGGCGCCUCGUAAGGUGGAACAGAAGCUGCCUGCUGGGAUAUAAUGCUCUGCCGGAGACCUGCUGACCUGCAGCCAUUAGUGACGGAGGUGAUGAUAGCGGCUAACUGCUGCCAGCUAACCCGGCUUGGACUGCGAGGUGGCCACUCCUCCUCCAUGGAGCUGAGUCAGUAGAGCGAGGAGCAGCAGGAGGUGCUGCUUUGACCCGGCCCAGCAGAAGAUUGAGAAGCUUUAGGUUCUGCUGCGUGAAGCCAUGGCUUUCCUGGACAACCCGGCCAUCAUCCUGGCCCACAUCAGGCAGUCCCACGUCACCAGCGACGAUACGGGGAUGUGUGAGAUGGUUCUGAUAGACCAGGACGUGGACCUGGAGAAGUGCCAGCUCACCCUGGUGCCCGGUACCAGCUGUGGAUCGUCAGGCUCCGCCUCCCUCGGCGAGGCCGGCUGUCCCGCCGUGGAAAACCACAGCUGUGACCUCUCCCAGUCCAUGGACAUCACCUCCAGCUGGGACUUUGGCAUCCGCCGCCGCUCCAAUACAGCGCAAAGACUGGAGCGACUGAGGAAGGAGCGUCAGAACCAGAUCAAAUGUAAAAAUGUCCAGUGGAAGGAAAGGACGAGCUCCCACUCUGCGGAGGAUCUGGGCUCUCUGUUUGAGAAACGCGACUACAAAGACCGGCCGAGGGCGGCGGGGGCCAAGUCCACCUUAUCGCUGCGCCUGGAGCAGUGUCCUCAGCAGCUUAACAAUCCCUUCAACGAGUACUCUAAAUUUGAUGGCAAGGGUCACAUCGGUACGACGGCUACCAAGAAGAUAGACGUCUACCUCUCCAUGCAGAUGGCUCAGGAGAAGCUGCACCCCAUGACGGUGGUGACCAUCGCCAACGCUCGGGUUCACGACCUCAUCGGCCUCAUCUGCUGGCAGUACACCGGCGAGGGCCGAGAACCCAAACUGAAUGAGAACGUGGACGCCUACUGCCUCCACAUCGCCGAGGACGAUGGUGAGGUGGACACAGACUUCCCUCCGCUGGACUCUAACGAGCCCAUCCACAAGUUCGGCUUCAGCACGCUGGCUCUGGUGGAGAAGUACUCCUCCCCUGGACUGACCUCCAGGCAGUCCCUGUUUGUCAGGAUAAAUGCUGCUCAUGGCUUCUCUUUAAUUCCUGUGGACAGUCUGAAGGUCACCAUGAAGGAGAUUCUUCAGAAGGCCCUGAAGAAGAGGAAAGGUUCCCAGAAAGGAGCAGGUCCUCUGUAUCGUCUGGAGAAGCAGAUGGAGCCAAACGUUGCCGUGGACCUGGAGUCUUCUCUGGAGAGCCAGAACACGCUGGAGUUCUGCCUGGUCAGAGAGAACAGCUCCAGAGGCGAGGAGAGCUCAGAGGAAGACCCUACCAUUGACAUCACCACCGUCCAGGACAUGCUGAGCAGUCACCACUACAAGUCCUUCAAGAUCAGCUUGAUCCAUAAGCUGCGUUUCACCACAGAAGUCCAGCUAGGCAUUUCAGGAGAAAAAGUGGAAAUCGAUCCUGUUACCAAUCAGAAGUUUUUCCGCAUUCGCCAGAAACCCAUCUCCAUCGACUCGGACCACCUGUGUGCCUGUGACCUUGUUGAGGAGAGGAGCCCCAGUCACGCCAUUUUUAAGAUCACCUAUCACAGUAACCAUGACUACAAGGCUCUGUUCUUUGAGUCUGACGCUGCUACGGUUAACGAAAUCGUGCUGAAGGUGAACUACAUCCUGGAGUCCCGGGCCAGCACCUCACGGGCCGAUUACUUUGCCCAGAAGCAACGCAAGCUCAGCCGCCGGACAAGUUUCAGCUUCCAGAAGGAGAAGAAGACGGGGCAGUAGUCUGAGGGAAAGUUUGCUUCCAUCCACCUGAGGCCUUCAGUCUCAUAGGGGGGAUUCAGGACUUCAGAUCCAGAAGGAUCAGAGAAAUGGAGCCGCAUCAGAGAUCAGCUGAUGAUGAUUGGACAGGUUGGUCUGCUGAGCUGCAGCCAGAUGUUCUCCAUGGAUCCUGGCAGUUAGGGAACGCAGGAGCAUCCCUGUCAGCAGCUAUGAAUUCUCAUCAUUUUUAUGUAUUGUAUAUAAAGAUUUUUAUAAUCGGGACAUGAAUGGGUGAUUUAGAAAAAGCCGUUUGGCUUUUGACGCGUCUGCCUUGAAUCAAUGCGUUUGGUUCUGCUCUGUGAAAGUAGCAGCAUCUCCAUCAUCCCGUCAGUUUAAAACCAACACAGAAAUGUUCCUACAUGAAUGUCUGAGCUUCUGAUCACUGCAGAGCUUUUUAUUCCCAGCAUGCAGGAAACGCCACCUUUUGCUUUUCCAUGUCUACUUGGACAGUUUGGCAUCAAUAACACAAGAAUAAAAGAACUUCAAGACAUU